GAGCAGUAACAAUGGCGCCGAGGGAGGAGGAGGGCUCGAGGAUGCUGAAGCUCGAAGCAGCAUGUUCGAAUUUGAAAACCCUCCUUCAAGCCUCAGCGAGAUUGGACGAAAGCCUGGAGAAGAUGGAGAAGAAUCUUGAUUCAAUCGACGAAUCGCUCGCGACGGCGUCGAGAAGCAUAAUGCCUCUACAGUCUCUGGCGAUGACGACAAAAGCCCUCGAGACGAGGAUCAAUCGGGCAGUUUCGCCUGCUCUCAUUCUGCUCGAUACAUUUAAGCGAUCCGAGUUUCUCCAAAGCAAGAUUCUCGCAAUCUUUGCCAAUCUAUCGGUGGAAAAAUCGCCACAUGAACGCCUGAAGAAGCUAAUCAAAUUAGUCCACUGUGUGGAUAGGCUCAAUGCAUCCAUAAGCUUGAUUAGCCAAGAGGGCGAAUCGGUGGUCCAGAAACUUCAAGAGGUGGUGGAAUUCUUGAGCAGGACGAAGGCCGCUGAUCCGCAGCGGAUACACAGAUUGAGAGAGACGAUGAUCACUCUCAAAGCUCUGUAUGAAACGGAAAUUGAAGACAUGAAGUUUGAGGGGUUGCUUGAUGAAGCUCUGCUGAAUCUGCAAGAUGAACUUGAAAAUAUAUUAAAGAAUCUAAAGCAUCAAAGAAAACCGAAGUUCCAAGAUGGCGAGGGAGAAAAAGAAGGUGAAACAGUGGGAUCUGAGAUGGGAAGCGAGUUGGAGAUUGAAGCUGCUAAACGAAUUUCUGAAACUCUCGCUGCAAAUGAUUGUUUGGAUAUUUGCAUCAAUAUUUACGUCAAGGUAAGAUACAGAAGAGCAGCUUCAGCAUUGAUGCGUCUCAAUCCAGUCUAUCUCAAAACAUAUACUCCGGAAGAAAUUGACAAAAUGGAGUGGGAAAAAUUGGACACGGCAAUCUCUCUGUGGAUUGAACACUUCAAGGUCGCAGCCACGAGUGUUUUGGUUUCCGAGAAGAAACUUUGUAACCAGAUUUUAGGUUCAAUCAUGGAUGGACUGAUGUGGCCUGAAUGCUUUGUGAAGAUCGCCGAUAAAAUCAUGGCCGUCUUCUUCCGGUUCGGGGAAGGCGUCGCCAAGAGCACCAAAGAGCCGCAGAAGCUGUUCAAGCUCUUGGACAUGUUCGACUCCCUAGAAAAACUCCACGCCGGAUUCUCUGAUGUAUUCGACGGCGAAGCCGGCUCCGAAAUCCGCACACGAUACAGAGAGCUGGAGAAGCUGCUCGUGCACGCGUCUAGCAAAGUUUUCUGGGAUUUCGGCCUCCAAAUCGAAGGCAAUGCCGACGGAUUUCCUCCUCCAAAAGACGGCUCGGUUCCGAAACUAGUCAGAUACGCCGUCAACUACCUCAAGUACCUCGCAAGCGACAACUACAGUUGCGCCAUGGCCAAAGUUCUCCAAACGCAGAGAUCAUGGAAGGGCGGAGUCCUCUCCAAAUCCGAAGACGAGGAGAAUUUGCUUAAAGACGCCUUCUCCAACGUCAUGGAAGCCCUACAAAGAAACGUGGAAUCCAAAAAAUCGCGCUACAGAGACAAAACCUUGCUGCAUAUCUUCUCAAUGAACACAUACUGGUACAUAUACAUGCGGAUCCGAAACACAGAGCUGGGAAGAUUGCUGGGCGAACAGUAUAUGAGAAAGAAUUACAAAGCGGUGGCGGAGGAAUCGGCUUACACGUACCAGAUGCUAUGUUGGGAGCCACUGCUUUCGGUAAUGGACAUGGAAGACGUGCGAUUACAGAACAAGGAAACCGUGGAAGAUGUAGCGAAAGCGAAAAUGGAAGCGUUUGUGAAGGCUCUGAGAGAGUUCUCGCAGAAACACAGAGCGGCAUACUGCAUUCCGGAUUUGGAUUUGCGGGAGCAGUUGAAGGAGGCGACUCUGAAGAUGAUACUGCCGGCUUAUACGGAGUUUUUCAAUUUGCACUCGGCUUUGUUGCCGGGGAUUGGGAAGUAUUAUGUGGGCCUGGAGACGAUCCAUGAUUUUGUGGGCCGGGCCUUUGAGUUCGAUCGAACGGGGAGUGGGCCUGGGCCUGGGCCGGGUGGUAAGUUGAAGCGGCGGGGUUCGGUAGAUCGGAUGGCGGAGCUGUCGUCGGAUGGACCAAUUGUGGCCGUUGGAUCAGGAUGGGAAUAGUUGGUCGUGCGUGGAAGGUGUCUGCGUUUGUUUCGUGUUUUUGACGACCACGCAAAGCAUUCCAAUUUAAUUGAUAAUAAGCUCUGUUAAAAAAAUUUGAGCUGUCUCUUGGAACACACAGAAAAAGCUUGAGUCGGUUACCUGUGGC